GGCAACUCCGAACAAUUCGCGUGCGAUUUGCGUCCUAGCGCUGUAGCAUUUAUUUUGCUGAUAAUUUUAUGGAAUACAAAAGUAAUUUUAAGCAGGAAUUAAAUUUACUUCUAAUAUGAUAUGCAGUGACUCGUUAAGAUAGCAAACAGUGUACUGUUGUCACGGAAUCAGUCAAAAUGACCCCUGAGUUCACGGCUGCUAUUGCUAGUACAUUGUGAUAUUACCCAAUAUGGGAAAGAAAUUACAAAUAAUUUAGCAAUUAGACGUGUUUAUAUAAUUUAUUUAGUUAAAGUACAACGCUGGUGAAUCGUUGAAUGUUUGUUGUAGAUCAGUUUAAUGAAUUAUGGUUACAAAUGGUCAUUUUAAAGUCAUUGAACCUAUGCGCGGCGUGGUGACACUGUGCAGUGACUUGUGAAUCGGAAAUAUGUAAAUAAACAUGAACGAUAUAAGCUUGAAAAUAGUGGAAUCUCCGAAGAGCCACGGUGGUGUUGAUGUGUCUCCGACAGGGGAUACAAGUGCUGAGAAUGAGGUUGAUCCGUUGGCAAUAGACGAAGGUGAACUCGAGAGAGUCAAGGAGCCGGUAUCGCAGGAAGCGGUGCUCGAGAAAGUUGACGAGGAAAAGGCGGGAAACUGUGAUGAUAAUGCCAAAGAAGAAAAUAUAAGUGAGAGCCAGACUGGAAGUAGUGAUAGUAUUGUAAAUGCCCAGCCAGAGAAACCUGAGAAUGCUAAUGAGAAUUUGAAGCAAGAGAGGAGUAGUUGUAGCCCCCCUGCGCUAGCAAAGACUCCAACUCCUGAUCCGCCUAAACCACAGAAUGAACCAGCUCCUACCAUUGAACCAGUUCCAAGUACCAGUAAGGCUCCAGAUGUAAUUGAGAAACCGGUUGCUUUAGACAAAGCGGUUGUAGAACCUGUGGUACCAGUAAAAGAACCUGUUUCUGAGAAAGAGGAGCUUAUGGUGGUUGAGGAACCAAAGAAAUUGGAACCAGAGGUUGAUGCGGAGAUGACUGAAGUAGUUACGGUUGAAGAGAAGACGGAACAAAAAGUGGAGAAAUCUAAACCAAAGUCAGUGAAUGGGGAUGUUGUAGUUAAGGAGGACCAAGGUACAAAGAGACGGCCAAGCGAAGACGUGGACACGGAAUCACCUCUGAAGAAGCUGUGUCAAGAGGUAGAGAAGACGUUUCCCCAACACGACACGAUGAUCAACGACUACAUACAGAGAGCCACGAAGAACAACGUAGACGAACUACAGAGGCAUACAGAACAGUUGCUAUCCGAGAUACAAACGCUCAGAGAACUUGCGCAGAAAAAGGAACACGAGUGGAACAACAUUCUUCAUCUCAAAAAAGUCAAAGAAGAAAUCCUACUCCGACUCCUAAGGCGAAAACAGGUUUUAAAUUACGAAAAAUCUCAAGAAGUUAACGGCGGUGAUAGGGAUCGGGAUCCUUUCGAAUAUCUUAAUAAUCAAGCAAAGAAUUUAGCUAUAGAUAAAAGUGAUGAGAUUUCUGGGUUGUCGCUGAAGCAGCCGGGGACGUCCAUGGCUCCGAUGUUGCCGACUCCUAUCAUGGCGAGUACUUCCCACUUCAACCCCAUGGCGGGGUUACCGCCGCCUUACGACAAGGCGCAUAUGUCUAUGCCGAAACCAGUAUUCCCUCAACAGAUGAUGAUGCCCGGUCACAUAACUGGGUUCCCAAGAGACAUGAACGGUCAGUUACCUGCUAGUUUUGGCCUUCCUAUGGGUCGGCAAGGGCCUACAAAAGACGUUAAAUCCAUUAUAGCAGACUAUAGGCAAAGGAAUCCAGAAGUUACACCGAGAAGAGGUCGGAGGAUGAAGUCUAUAUUAAAUCCUAAUAUGAUGAAUGCUCCUAGACCGAUAGCGCCGAAAGUAGAUAAUUUGAACAACUUGAACAAUAUCAAUAUGCUGUUCAACAAUCUUGACAUGAACCAAAAAGCCAUGCUAGAACGUCUACAACAGUUCCAAGCUAGUAGCCUACCAAACGGGCUCUCGUUCAAAGACGUGCUCGUCCAGUUCGCCAAUAUGCAGCAGGCCAGUGCAGGCCUCAUCCCCAACCGACCACCGGAGACCAUCACCACUAGGCCUGAACAUCAUAUAAGGCCUGAGGGAAGAAGGAGACAGGAGAGAACUCACGAAGAUGUUCACGUAUCUGUCAAGCAACAGGAGAGACUCGCCUCUCCGAGCCCCAGGCUGCCCCCACCCCCACCAUAUCCCGAAAUUUCCCUACUACCCGUCACCACCAGCCAGGCUGAAACAUCACAACAAAACUCCCUACUCCACGGCAUCCUCACGAAGCAGUCGUCUCCUGCGUCUCACAGUUACUCCCCGACGUUGGCUAAACUGCUCAUGUCGCCGGAACGGAUACAGAGUGCGCCAACGUUACCAAGUUUCGGUCAGGCCAAGUUAUGUUAUGGCUUUAAAAAGUUGGAGCUCUUGCGAUUAGGGUUUCGACACGUUGGGUUUGCCUCUAGACCAGCCUCGACCCCGCAUAGUAGAUUGGAACCUUUAGCGGAUCUGUUGGACGUUGAUAACUGUGGAGAGAUCACGAUAACUCCGGUGCAGCCCGCUCCGACGGCUGAACCGCAGCCUGAGAAGCCAGAGGAAGUCGUCCAGCUCGACGAUGAAGAAAGCCCGGCUUCAGAAGGCGAGGCAUCGGGCUCUCCAUCCGGUUCAGGUUCAGGACGCCUUGUAAUAGACGAGGGCGGUGGCGAAGCCCCGACCGAAAGUGCGGCAGACCAAGCGGACACGAACGAAGACACACCCCUGUGUCAGGGCUGUCGACGGAGAGACGCGCAGUUUGUUUGUGCUGGCUGUGCUAACCAGUGGUACUGUAGUAGGGAUUGCCAGGUCGCAGCAUGGGACGAGCACUCAGAUAUGUGCUCCGGAUAGCCGCCUAAAGUAUGACGGAAGCCGCGUUAGUAAGUAUAUUGUAGUUAUAUACAGAGUGACUGUCUACGCACCGAGUAUAUACAUAUAUACAUGAUACAUGUAUUGUACAGUAACGGCGCUUGCGAGUCUCAAAUUUAAAUAGACAUUUGCCUUAAUUCGAAUAGUGCAUAUAUUAUGUGAAUCUCUAUUUAUCGUGUGGUGAUAUGGUUCUGGUGCGAUCAUUUCAUUCUAAUAUUCUUUGAAGUUUGUUUUGUUCCAAAAUGUUGUUAUUAAAAAUUAAUAGCUGCAUGCACAUUAUUAGAAAUAUAUUUCUUUAUUGAAAGAUAAAAGAGUUAAAAAUAAGCUAUUAUUUUGACGUUACUUUGUUACAUUCGUAGAAGUGAUGUCACUAGACCUUUGAAAUCAAUGUUUAUAAAGGGAUACAAUUGAUUUACUUACACAAACAUUCUUUGCACAUGAUUAUAUUGUAUUUUAAUUGUUGGAAAUGAUUAAUAUAUGAAUGAGGAAUCGGUCGCACCAAAACCGUAGAAAGUUCCCUAAAAUUAUAUUAAGUUCGAUGCUCACGUCUUGAUAGGACGGUAAAGCAUCGCAUGUAAAAAUAUACAAUCCUUUAUUCACUUAAUAUUGUAAUGCAGUUGUUGAGUAAUGGUUUAUUGUGAAGCGAAAUAGCUACGAUUUUGUCUAAAAUGAUAACCUAACCGAAGGCAAAAAUUCUUUCGACUUUCAACCUUAUGUCGUCAUAGUAAUCUCAUUAUCAUUCUCAGGCCACCUUUGGAGGAAGCAUUAUUGAUUUCGAUUAUCAUUAUUCAUAAAG